AUGUCGAUUGAUCCAUCGAAGCUGCCACCCGCGCAAUACGUGCCUGGCAGACAGUAUGCCAUCGAGCAUGCUGGUAGAAUUGACAAAGUACCAUUCGUGAUCACAACUGGACUCCUUUUUGGGCUCGCCAUUCUUUCCGUAUUCGUGCGCUUCGCGAUUCGCAUCUUCGGAGGGCGGAAAAUACGAUGGGACGACGGACUCGUCUUGGCAUCGUCGCUGUGUUUGGCAGUGGCGUUCGCCUGUGUCCACAAGGCUCUUAAUCCUUUCUAUCUCGUCGAAGCCAUAAACCAAAGGAAGACAAUCCCAUUCCGAGAGGACAUUCCUGCGAUCUUGGACAUCCCCAAGUGGGCGUUCAUAUUCUCCAUCUUCGGAUGGAAUUCCAUUUAUCUAGUUAAAUUUGCUUUCAUGUACUUCUUCCAUGGCCUGACCCUUGGACUGUCGGUCAGAGUCGUACGAUUUUUCUGGAUCACCGCAGGCUUUCUUGUCAUUGCUUGGAUCUAUGCCGUAGUCAACUUUGUCGUCAUAUGUGCACACUUUGGUGCAGACGCAGCUAAAUGCGGCGAUGCCCAGAUGCAUAAGAGAAGUGUCGCGGGUAAUGUUAUCGUUGGCGUCCUUGACAUCAUAGGCGAUAUUCUCAUCGUUACCGUUCCCAUUGUCGUCGUAAACCAGUCGAUGAUGUCGUUUUCUCGGAAACUAUCAAUCGUGGCCUUGAUGGGUCUCUCGGCAGUAAUGGUUGUUUGCGCAUUGAUACGGGUCGUUGGCUCGUUGACCGAAACAACAGCGGCGGCAUUCGGAACUGCACCGGUGUGGGCUGCGUAUUGGUUCAUGGUCGAAUCCUGCGUCGCGCUCAUAAUGGCGUCCGUCAUUGUUAUCCGCGGAGUCUUCAUCACCAACCCUGUCGAUGAUGACCGAAGAAAGCAGGAUACUGUAUUCCAGCGAUUUGGGCACCGUCUCCUGUCGGUGCUAAGGCUCUCCAGAUCCUCAAGAAGCAGCGGGCGGAGUCCCCAGCGAAGCGACGCGCUCCAUGACAAGCACCAGGAUCCAAGCGCGCCGAGGAUCGCCACCCAGAGACCGCUAGGAGGAACAUUGAAUACCGUCAGAACUUUCAUCUGGGGUGGUAAGAGGCAAAGUCCACCUGCGUCGCAAGAUGAUCCGCUGGUGUCAGUAAACACGACGUCUGAUUUUGAGGAUAUGGACUACCAUAACAUCCGGAAGGCAGAAGUGGCGAGACACAAGCCAGAGACGGCCAUGGUUUGA